GUUCAAGGAGCACCUGCCAGUGGUCCCGCUGCCGCUGCUGGAGAGCGAGGCCACGAUGGUGCUGUGCGUGGGCCCCGCGCCGCUGUCCUCGCCCGGCCGCGUGCCCGCCACCUCGCUCGCCGCGCACCACACGCCGGACCGCCAGGAACAACACACGUGGCUUAAGCUCGAGGAGAUGCUGCUCCAAGUAGUGUACGGCAGCGUGCCGAUGAUCUUCAAACCCACCGUCGACCUGUACACCAACAAAACCGACGUGAACCCGUUUGUUCCGCAAGGAGAGCCAAUACAAAUAUCAAUCACUCUUCGAAACCCGCUGAAAAUAGUCAUUAUUCUGAAAGACGUCGAGCUUUUAUGGCAAUUCGUUUCGGAAAGCGAUGACUCCAAACAGGUUGUGAACAAUGAGCCCAUGGUGGCGUCUGGCAGCUCUCUGGAAAGCAGCGCCAUCCGCGGGCAGAAGAUCAAAUCCGUGGUGUUGGAGGGAGAGAGCAGCAAGAUGUUGACCUUCAGUCUGACUCCCUUGCGCAUGGGGCGGCUGUGUGUGCAGGGUGUGGCGUAUAAGUUGAUUAAUGCUGGCGAAGGAGGCAAUGAAAAUGCAACUGGUUCGGUUAUAGCGGGAAAACUGAAUUUAUUAUCGGGAAUCAAUGCUUCUGAUAAACGCUUGCAAAUCACUGUGAUUCCGCCCGCUCCGUGUUUACAGAUGACGUUCACGGAAAGCAGCGCGGAUGUGAUAAGCGGGGAGCUGCGCAUCGUCGACGUGGAAAUCCGGAACGUGGGUCCCGUGGACGCGGGGCCCGUACACUUCGCCGUGUCGCACCCCGAUUGCGUGCAGAUACUGACGCCCGACAACGAGGAGCUCUUCAAGCAACUAUACGACGAGAAAUAUAAGCCGCCUACGGUGUAUUCGGACGAGCGGGCAGCGCGCUCGGGCGCAUGGCGCGCGCUUGCGGCGCGGCACUCGGCGCGCCUGUGCGCGGGCGUGCCGCGCGGGGCGUGCGCGCGCGCGCGCCUCGUGCUGCGGCCGCGCGCGCGCGCGCCCGCGCUGGCGCUGCUCGCGCUGUACCGGCCCGAGCCCGAACCCAGCGCGCCGGCCGCGCCGCGCGCAUACAGGCUGUUGCGCCACGUGUUCCGGUUCACGCCCAAGGAAACGGUGGAAAUAUCAGUUACACCCCGGCGAAGCAUAAAGACCGCUCCGGAUAAGAUUUUCGAAAACAUGAAUCUGGUCACCGAGAUUAAGAAUAUCUGCGGAGAGAAAGAUGAUGACGUCAGUAUUGAAGUUCUCGAAGCCUCCUUGCUCGGUAGGCGGUGGCGCCUUACCGGUAUGAUUGCGGCUGCCGGCAAAUAUCAAGUGUUGCGAUCUCGCGAAAAGAUGCACUUAGUUUUCCAAGCUAGCAGAAUCUUUGAUUUCCCGUCGGAGAGCAAAGUGGGGUGGUCGGGAUUAAAGAUUGCGACGGGACAACCCGACCCUGAAGACAAUAUAGCGGUCUCGCCGUAUUCCCACUUUGUUACUGACUAUGCCACUUCCAUAGACAACAUGGAAGCUAAUGGAACGUCCGAUACGAAAGCGGGAUUGAUACAAUCCAUGUUCGUGGUGAGAUGGAAGGCUCAUCACAGGACGAAAGGGACGACCGUGAAUGGCCAGCAUUACCUCUGGCUGGACGACUUUACCAGAGUCCUGUCCCGCGAGAGAGAAGUCGUGUCCCCCGACGCGCCGCUGCAGCUCGACGAAUACGAGAUCAAGUUAGACCCCCACGAUACUAGAAAGAAAAAUAAAGAUAAUGUCGUCGUCUUUAGAAUGGAACACUCGAACCUAAUCAGUCAUAACUUCGAGAAGAAUAAGCUGUGCCUGGUGCCCAUAACUAUCAACAUUGUCAACUGUUAUGAAGUCCCAGUGAACGUGUUUAUUGACAUGUCAAAGCAAACCAACAGGGAGGGCGGGCGGUCGCUGGGCUGGUGCGGCGCGCUGAGCGGCGCGGGGCCGGGCGAGCUGGGCGUGUCGCUGCGGCUGGAGCGCUGGGAGGCCCGCGCGGUGCGGCUGCGCGCGCUGUGCGCGGCGCCCGGCGCCUACGUCGUGGGCUCGGCCUUGGCCGUGUCGGCCACCACAGGCGACGCCGCGCUCACUCUAGCGCACGCGCCCGCGCCCGCCGACACCUCUCUGCUCGUCGUCCAAACUACGUAG